AUGACACCUGUUAAAGAUCAAGGACAAACGAAUAGUUGUCAUAUUACUGCGAAUGCUAUUGCAGCGGAUGAUAAUGUUGAUAUAAGUCGAUUAUUUAUAUAUUACAAUGCUCGAGUUAAAAGCAAACCACCAGAUGGAAUAAUCAAAGAUAAUAGUAGUGUUAUAGCACAUACUAUUGAAGAAUUAAAAGAAUCUGGCAUAUGUCUCGAAUCAAUUUGGCCAUAUGAUAUAAAACAAAAGAUAAUUGAUGCAUUAAGACUUAAACUAGAUUUAAAUGAGAUGAAAGGAUAUCCAUUUGUAUUUGGUUUAAAAACAUUUGGUUUUCAACACAAGGUGAAAGAAAACGGUGUUGUGCCAAUGCCAAAACCAGGAGAAGAACAGUCAAAACAACAUGAAAGGCUUGAUUUUAUUUGA